GGAAAGAAAAAGCUGUGGGUCAAGGCGGGUAACUGCUUAAUUAUUCUAAUACUUGGACUGGAUUAUAAUUAUUCAGUUUCUGUUUUUUCACUCUUUCAAUUUCCAAAGAAAACUGGACAUUCACAAAAGAGCUGAAAUAUUCUGCCACAUAAUUUCUGACACAUUUAUGAUUUAAAAAGAACAGAACAAAAACACUUUGAAUAUGAAGAGCAGACUCCUCGGACCACUAGUUCUACUUGCCCUCAGUAGCAUACUUGUAUCUGGGUCGAAAUAUUACAUCCAUAUUAAGUGGGGUUUGACGUGGGAGGAAGCGCUAGACUUCUGCAAGAGGCAUUACACUGACUUGGCUACCAUUUCCUACGAGUCAGAAGCAAACAGUAUGGAUUUGAAGCAAUAUCUGGUUUGGAGCGGCCUGAAAAGAGACAAAGAUUUUCCUAAUUGGUGGCGCUGGUCUGAUGGAAAAUUCUAUGCCCCAGACUGGGCAACAAACGAGCCAAACAAGGGAUCUUGUGCUGCCGUCGAUUUCAAAAGCAAAAAGCUUUAUGCCAGAUCGUGUGACACUCAUCGGAUGUUUGUUUGUUCAAAUGUCACUGGCUACACAUUUGUCAAAGAAGCAAAGACAUGGAAUGACGCCUCGGAUUAUUGCAGAGAUUACAGAGGUAAUCUGGCAAGUUUCAGAAGUAAUGAUAUGCCGAAAAUAUUCACUCAGCAGGACUUUCCCCUCUGGGUUGGGAUGCGCAGAGAAGCAGGGGGGUCAUUCACGUGGAUCUCAGGAUAUUCACAGUAUAAAAACUGGAAAACAGGCGAGCCAAGUAACAUGGGCAACUGUACCACCAUCUCCUCACUGACCAAUCUGAUGGCCACCAAAGACUGUCGCAUCCAUCUUCCCUUUGUCUGCAUCCAGGAAGGGAAUAUUAAUGUGAUUCUGGUAAAAGAAAGCAAGAGCUGGGAAGAAGCACUGGAACACUGCCGGGGCCUCAACAGCAGUGACUUUGGUUUUGAUCUGAUCAGCGUGCAGCCUGGAGACGAACAGAAGAAUAUAAUGAACAAGGUCAUGGAGGCGGACACCAAGGAGGUGUGGACUGGCCUGCGUUUCCUGGGUGAUGACUGGCUGUGGGUGGACGGGGAAAAUAUGUUGAACACCAGCCUUAAUCAAUGUCCGAUGCAGGAGCAGCACUGUGGGGCAUUAUCCAAGAAUUACACCGGCAGCAUAGAGGCCAAAGACUGUUCAGAAAGGAAAAACUUCCUCUGUUACAGAUUUCCACUUUAAUACCACUAUUAUGAUUGCGACCAGAUCUUCUGCAGCCGGCUAUUUUCAGAAAGGCCCCCAGGCAGCCAAAGAUUAGCAACACUUUCAUUAGACGUUUAAUUUUUACCCACUGAAAGGACCUUAGAAUACAUGUACUCUCUAACAGAAAGUAACAGUCAUCCAGUGAAUGGAUUUCCUUUUUCUUGUUUUAAUUUUUUUUGUUUCUCCAGAUGAAUUUUUGUAAAAAUGUAGACAACCACUUAAAUUUAAAUGUGAAAAACUGAUUCUUUGCAUCAAAUGAAGCAUAGCAUUCAUAGAAAUAAUUUAGAACUUUGACAUAUUUGAGAUGGCGUAAGACUUUAAAAAUACAAUUGUAUUUUUUAGCAAUAAACAUCAAAGUAUUUAAAAGUUAAGCUUUUUAAGUAAAUUAAAAUAUUGUUUUGACUUUAUUGAAAAUGUCU